AUGACAUACAGUUCCUUUACUUCCCAUAGAAGGAUUCAUACUGGAGAAAAACCCUUUAAAUGCAUGGAGUGUGGGAAGAGCUUCAGCACUAGUAGUUACCUGAUAUGCCAUAGAAGGAUCCAUUCAGGGGAAAAACCCUAUAAAUGUGUAGACUGUGGAAAAACCUUCAGGACGAACGCUGCUUUUACUAAGCAUAAAUUGAUCCAUACGGGAGAGAAACCCUUUAAAUGCAUGGAGUGUGGGAAGAGCUUUAGGCAAAGUGGUGUCCUUGCUUCCCAUAAAAGGAUCCAUACGGGAGAGAAACCGUAUAAAUGCAUGGAGUGUGGAAAGAGCUUCCGUGUAAAGUGUUCUCUUACUUCUCAUAAAUGGAUCCACACAGGAGAAAAACCCUUUAAAUGCCUACAGUGUGGGAAGAGCUUCAGCACUAGUAGUUACCUGAUAUGCCAUAGAAGGAUCCAUUCAGGGGAAAACCCGUAUAAAUGUGUAGACUGUGGAAAAAGCUUCAGGACGAGCACUGCUUUUACUACGCAUAAAUUGAUCCAUGCGGGAGAGAAACCCUUUAAAUGCAUGGAGUGUGGGAAGAGCUUUAGGCAAAGUGGUGACCUGGCUUCCCAUAAAAGGAUCCAUACGGGAGAGAAACCCCAUAAAUGCAUAGAGUGCGGGAAGAGCUUUAGGCAAAGUGGUGCCCUUGCUUCCCAUAAAAGGAUCCAUACGGGAGAGAAACCCCAUAAAUGCAUAGAGUGCGGGAAGAGCUUUAGGCAAAGGGGUGACCUUGCUUCCCAUAAAAGGAUCCAUACGGGAGAGAAACCCCAUAAAUGCAUAGAGUGCGGGAAGAGCUUUAGGCAAAGUGGUGGCCUUGCUUCCCAUAAAAGGAUCCAUACGGGAGAGAAACCCCAUAAAUGCAUAGAGUGCGGGAAGAGCUUUAGGCAACGUGGUGACCUUGCUUCCCAUAAAAGGAUACAUACGGGAGAGAAACCCUAUAAGUGUAUUGAAUGUGGAGAGUGCUACAGAAAUAGUGAUCAACUGACCUCCCACAAAAGGAUCCAUUCAGGUGAAAAACUUUAUAAAUGCACGGAGUGUGGAAAACCUUUCAGGACAUGCAGUUCCCUCGCUUACCAUAAAUGGACACAUACUGGAGAAAAACCGUAUAAAUGCCUGGAGUGUGGAAAGAGCUUCAGUGGAAAGAGUUCUCUUACUUCUCAUAAACGGUUACACACAGGAGAAAACCCCUAUAAAUGCAUGGAGUGUGAAAAGAGCUUCAAAACCAGCAGUCACCUGACCUACCAUAAAAGGAUCCAUACGGGAGAGAAACCCCAUAAAUGCAUAGAGUGCGGGAAGAGCUUUAGGCAAAGUGGUGGCCUUGCUUCCCAUAAAAGGAUCCAUAAGGGAGAGAAACCCUAUAAGUGUAUUGAAUGUGGAGAGUGCUACAGAAAUAGUGAUCAACUGACCUCCCACAAAACGAUCCAUUCAGGUGAAAAACUUUAUAAAUGCACGGAGUGUGGAAAAUCUUUCAGUACAUGCAGUUCCCUCGCUCACCAUAAAUGGACACAUACUGGAGAAAAACCGUAUAAAUGCCUGGAGUGUGGGAAGAGCUUCAGUGUAAAGAGUUCUCUUACUUCUCAUAAACGGUUACACACAGGAGAAAACCCCUAUAAAUGCAUGGAGUGUAAAAAGAGCUUCAAAACCAGCAGUCACCUGACCUACCAUAAAAGAAUCCAUACGGGAGAGAAACCUUAUACAUGCCUGGAAUGUGGAAAGAGCUUCCCUAUAAAGACUUCUCUGACUUCUCAUGAAAGGAUCCACACAGGAGAGAAACCCUAUAAAUGUCUAGAGUGUGGAAAGAAGUUCAAUGUAAAGAGUUCUCUUACCUCUCAUGAAAGGAUCCACACAGGAGAGAAACCCUAUAAAUGUCUACAGUGUGGGAAGAGCUUCACCCAAAGCAGUCAACUUACUUUCCAUCACAGGAUCCAUACUGGGGAAAAACCUUAUAAAUGCACAGACUGUGGAAAGACCUUUGCUGGCAGUGGCUAUCUGACUUACCAUAAAAGAACCCACACCGGGCAGAAACCCUAUAAAUGCUUGGAAUGUGGAAAAAGCUUCUGUGAUAACCGCACCCUUACUUCCCAUAACAGGAUCCACAUGGGAGAGAAAUUGUAUGUAUGCAAUGAAUGUGGGAAGAGUUUGAGUUCAAGCAGUUCCUUUACUUCCCAUAGAAGGAUCCAUACUGGAGAAAAACCCUUUAAAUGCCUACAGUGUGGGAAGAGCUUCAGCACUAGUAGUUACCUGAUAUGCCAUAGAAGGAUCCAUUCAGGGGGAAAACCCUAUAAAUGUGUAGACUGUGGAAAAACCUUCAGGAUGAACAGUUCGUUUACUAACCAUAAAUUGAUCCAUGCGGGAGAGAAGCCCUUUAAAUGCAUAGAGUGUGGGAAGAGCUUUAGGCAAAGUGGUGUCCUUGCUUCCCAUAAAAGGAUCCAUACGGGAGAGAAACCGUAUAAAUGCAUGGAGUGUGGAAAGAGCUUCCGUGUAAAGUAUUCUCUUACUUCUCAUAAACGGAUCCACACAGGAGAAAAACCCUUUAAAUGCCUACAGUGUGGGAAGAGCUUCACCACUAGUAGUUACCUGAUAUGCCAUAGAAGGAUCCAUUCAGGGGAAAAACCCUAUAAAUGUGUAGACUGUGGAAAAGCCUUCAGGACGAGCACUGCUUUUACUACUCAUAAAUUGAUUCAUACGGGAGAGAAACCCUUUAAAUGCAUGGAGUGUGGGAAGAGCUUUAGCCAAAGUGGUGUCCUUGCUUCCCAUAAAAGGAUCCAUACGGGAGAGAAACCGUAUAAAUGCAUGGAGUGUGGAAAGAGCUUCUGUGUAAAGUAUUCUCUUACUUCUCAUAAACGGAUCCACACAGGAGAAAAACCCUUUAAAUGCCUACAGUGUGGGAAGAGCUUCAGCACUAGUAGUUACCUGAUAUGCCAUAGAAGGAUCCAUUCAGGGGAAAAACCCUAUAAAUGUGUAGACUGUGGAAAAACCUUCAGGACGAGCACUGCUUUUACUACGCAUAAAUUGAUUCAUACGGGAGAGAAACCCUUUAAAUGCAUGGAGUGUGGGAAGAGCUUUAGCCAAAGUGGUGACCUUUCUUCCCAUACAAGGAUCCAUACGGGAGAGAAACCCUAUAAAUGCCUUGUGUGUGGAAAGAGCUUUCGUGAAAAGAGUUCUCUUACUAGUCAUAGACGGGUCCACACAGGAGAAAAACCCUUCCAAUGCAUAGAAUGUGGGAAGAGCUUCAGGAAAAGCUCUUCGCUUGCUUUUCAUAAACGGGUCCACACAGGAGAAAAACCCUUUAAAUGCCUGGAGUGUGGAAAGAGUUACAAAAACAGCAGUUACCUGAACCUCCAUAAACGGAUCCACACGGGAGAGAAACCCUAUAAAUGCAUGGAGUGUGGAAAGAGCUUCGCUAUAAAGACUUCUCUUACUUCUCAUGAAAUGAUCCACACUGGAGAGAAACCUUACAAAUGCAUGAAGUGUAGAAAGAGGUUCCGGACCAGAGAUUGUCUGAAAUCCCACAAAAGGAUCCAUACAGGGGAAAAACCUUAUAAAUGUGUGGACUGUGAUAAAAGCUUCAGUGUGAAGAGUUCCUUUACUUCCCAUAGCAGGAUCCAUACGGGAGAAAAACCCUAUAAAUGCAUAGAGUGUGGGAAGAGCUUUAGCCAAAGUAGUAGCCUUUGUUCCCAUAAAAGUAUUCAUACGGGAGAGAAACCCUAUAAGUGUAUUGAGUGUGGAGAGAGCUACAGAACUAGUAAUCAACUGACUUCCCACAAAAGAAUCCAUUCAGGCCAAAAACCUUAUAAAUGCACGAAAUGCGGAAAACCCUUCAGGUCACACAGUUCCCUUGCUUCCCAUAAACGGAUCCAUACAGGAGAGAAACCCUAUAAAUGCGUGGAGUGUGGGAAAAGCUUCAGUGUAAAGAGUUCGCUUACUUCUCAUUUACGGGUCCACACAGGAGAAAAACCCUAUAAAUGCAUAGACUGUGGGAAGGGCUUCACGCAAAGCUCUGCCCUUGCUACCCAUAAACGAAUCCACACAGGAGAAAAACCGUAUAAAUGCAUGGAGUGUGGAAAAAGCUUCAAAAGCAGCANUCAACUUACUUUCCAUCACAGGAUCCAUACUGGGGAAAAACCUUAUAAAUGCACAGACUGUGGAAAGACCUUUGCUGGCAGUGGCUAUCUGACUUACCAUAAAAGGACCCACACCGGAGAGAAACCCUAUAAAUGCUUGGAAUGUGGAAAAAGCUUCUACCUUUUGAGUUCCUUUAGUUCCCAUAGAAGGAUUCAUACUGGAAAAAAACCCUUUAAAUGCAUAGAGUGUGACAAGAGCUUCAGCACUAGUAGUUACCUGAUAUGCCAUAGAAGGAUCCAUUCAGGGGAAAACCCGUAUAAAUGCAUGGAAUGUGGAAAAAGCUUCAGGACGAACGCUUCUUUUACUAAGCAUAAAUUGAUCCAUGCGGGAGAGAAACCCUUUAAAUGCAUAGAGUGCGGGAAGAGCUUUAGGCAAAGUGGUGUCCUUGCUUCCCAUAAAAGGAUCCAUACGGGAGAGAAACCCCAUAAAUGCAUAGAGUGUGGGAAGAGCUUUAGGCAAAGUGGUGGCCUUGCUUCCCAUAAAAGGAUCCAUACGGGAGAGAAACCCUAUAAGUGUAUUGAAUGUGGAGAGUGCUACAGAAAUAGUGAUCAACUGACCUCCCACAAUAGGAUCCAUUCAGGUGAAAAACCUUAUAAAUGCACGGAAUGUGGAAAACCCUUCAGGACAUGCAGUUCCCUUGCUUACCAUAAACGGACACAUACUGGAGAAAAACCGUAUAAAUGCCUGCAGUGUGGAAAGAGCUUCAGUGUAAAGAGUUCUCUUACUUCUCAUAAACGGUUACACACAGGAGAAAACCCUUAUAAAUGCAUGGAGUGUGAAAAGAGCUUCAAAACCAGCAGUCACCUGACCUACCAUAAAAGAAUCCAUACGGGAGAGAAACCGUAUACAUGCCUGGAAUGUGGAAAGAGCUUCCCUAUAAAAACAUCUCUGAUUUCUCAUGAAAGGAUCCACACAGGAGAGAAACCCUAUAAAUGUCUAGAGUGUGGGAAGAGCUUUAGCACGAACAGUAAACUUAGUUUUCAUAACAGGAUCCAUUCAGGCGAAAAACCUUAUAAAUGCACAGACUGUGGAAUGACCUUCGCUGGCAGUAGCUAUCUGACUUACCAUAAAAGGACACACAUAGGAGAGAAACCCUAUAAAUGCCUGGAGUGUGGGAAAAUCUUUAGGCAACGUGGUGUCCUUAUUUCCCAUAAAAGGAUCCAUACAGGAGAGAAACACUAUAAAUGCAUGGAAUGUGGGAAGAGCUUCAGCACUAGUAGUUACCUGAUAUCACAUAGAAGGAUCCAUUCAGGGGAAAAACCCUAUAAAUGUGUACAGUGUGGAAAAACCUUCAGGACAAACAAUUCUUUUAGCAAGCAUAAAUUGAUCCAUGCCGGAGAGAAACCCUUUAAAUGCAUAGAGUGUGGGAAGAGCUUUAGGCAAAGUGGUGGCCUUGCUUCCCAUAAAAGGAUUCAUACAGGAGAGAAACCCUAUAAGUGUAUUGCGUGUGGAGUGUGCUACAGAAAUAGUGAUCAACUGACAUCCCACACAAGGAUCCAUUCAGGUGAAAAACCUUAUAAAUGCACAGAGUGUGGAAAACCCUUCAGGACAUUCAGUUCCCUUGCUUCCCAUAAACGGAUCCAUACAGGAGAAAAACCAUAUAAAUGCCUACAGUGUGGGAAGAGCUUCAGCACUAGUAGUUACCUGAUAUGCCAUAGAAGGAUCCAUUCAGGGGAAAAACCCUAUAAAUGUGUAGACUGUGGGAAAACCUUCAGGAUGAACAGUUCGUUUACUAACCAUAAAUUGAUCCAUGCAGGAGAUAAACCCUUUAAAUGCAUAGAGUGUGGAAAGAGCUUUAGGCAAAGUGGUGUCCUUGCUUCCCAUAAAAGGAUCCAUACAGGAGAGAAACCGUAUGAAUGCAUGGAGUGUGGAAAAAGCUUCCGUGUAAAGUGUUCUCUUACUUCUCAUAAACGGAUCCACACAGGAGAAAAACCCUUUAAAUGCAUACAGUGUGGGAAGAGCUUCAGCACUAGUAGUUACCUGAUAUGCCAUAGAAAAAUCCAUUCAGGUGGAAAACCAUAUAAAUGAGUAGACUGUGGGAAAACCUUCAGGAUGAA